AUGCUUUUGACCUGCGAUUCUCGCAAUCGGUAUUUUUCGCAGGAUGGCUCUCAACUUCACGCAGGUAAAUCGAAGGCUCCGUUAUGUUUAAUGCCACUCGGUGGUUCAAUCACUUACGGCUCCGGAUCUUCCCACGGAAACGGCUAUCGCGAGCUCCUCCGCGAUAUGCUCGUCUCCGACGGCCACGAGGUCCAGAUGGUGGGAUCGCGUAAAUCCGGCAGCAUGAAGAAUGGGAGCCACGAAGGAUGGAGAGGGUUCCGGAUCGACCAAAUCUGUCAGAAGGCCAAAUGCUCCGUCACCAAGUCCCUGCCGAACCUCUUCACCGUUAACGCAGGGUCGAAUGACUGCAUACAAGACUUCGACCUCGGGAAUGUCGGCAAGCGCAUGGGUGAGAUGAUUGAGUACCUAUGGAAGGCCUCACCCAAUUCGACCGUUCUUCUUUCGACCUUGCUAGUCACGGCGGACACAGCAGUUGCCCCUAGGGUCCUCCAUGUCAAUGAACAGCUCCGCGUCCUUGCCGAGCAAAGCGCUGCGGAAGGGAAGAGAAUUGUCUUCGUAGAGAUGCAUGGACCUGACGGGCCGGAGCUCGGUGAUCUAGUAGAUGGGACUCACCCCUGCGAUGCAGGUUACCAAAAGAUGGCCACAAUAUGGCACCGCGGUGUUCAGGAAGCUGAGUCAAAGGGCUGGUUAAGUGGGAAACCCCUUUAG